GUGUGUGUGUAAAGUGGGUCUCCGAUUUCAGGUUCUUGGGUUCCGCCCUCCAGUGUAGGAGUAGAACUGUACAUUUUCGUUCUGACCAGUUUAGGGGCAGAUCCCCCAAACACGCACACUCGCACACACACACACACAGACACACACACAGACAGACACACACGUACACUACACCAAAAUAAGGAACCGGUUUAAAUCUGCUGAAUCACUGCAGGAGGAGAAAAUCAGCAGUUCUUUGAGUUUUGAGGACUUCAUAGAUUUCACAGACAGGAAAUUCAUAGAUUUUUCUCACCUAUAAAUAAAACUUCAGUUCUUUGUAAAUAUUGUUAACGGAGAUGUUUGGAAAGUUUGUGCUGUGGGAAGAACAUCCGUUUUGGAGCUUUGGUUGUGAGGAUCACAUCAUCAUGGAGAAAUUACCCAUGUCUGGAGAUGAAGCUGUCAUUUCUUUUCUCUGUCAUUUAGGAAGAAAGUUCUUUUUUUGUGUAGAGAAAAUAAAUGUAUAACUUCUGUGGAAAUCUUUCCAGAAGCACUGAUUUGGAAAGAUUGACUGGUGCUCCAGUGUAAAACAGAAUCAAAGGAACUGAGAGAAAUUUGUUGGAGUGUUUGGAGUAGCUGCUGCACUGCUGGGUAAAACUAAACUUUUGGUAAGAACAGUCUGGACUUUUUGGGUUUGUGAAGAUCUUCUCACUGAUCUUCUGAACAUCUCAGAGGACCUUAGGUUUGAUGAUGGUUAGGGCGCAAUGGCUAGAUAUUGCACAUUAGUAUAGAGUAGAAUCCUAAUGAUGACUUCACCAAGCUUUGGCUUCACUCAGGAGCAGGUGGUGUGUGUGUGCGCGGUGCUUCAACAGGGCAAAGAUCUCGAGCGGCUCGGUCGCUUCCUGUGGUCACUUCCGCCGUGUGACCGCCUGCACAAGAACGAGUCGGUGCUUCAGGCCAAAGCAGUGGUGGCCUUCCACCGAGGAGACUUUCACGAGCUUUACCGGAUCCUCGAGAGCCACCAGUUCUCCACACAGAACCACGUGGGGCUGCAGCAGCUGUGGCUCAGGGGACACUAUGCUGAGGCCGAGAGGCUGCGUGGCCGUCCGCUUGGUGCUGUAGGGAAAUACCGUGUGCGCCGCAAGUUCCCUUUACCGCGCACCAUCUGGGAUGGAGAGGAGACCAGCUACUGCUUCAAGGAGAAGUCACGCUCAGUGCUGCGAGACUGCUACACACACAACCCGUACCCGUCUCCACGCGAGAAAACACAGCUGGCCAACACCACCGGACUGACCACCACACAGGUCAGCAACUGGUUCAAGAACCGGAGACAGAGAGACCGAGCUGCUGGGGCCAAGGACAGGCGAGUGUUAUUGCAGUGCAUGCACACACACACACACAGCCAGUUUAAAUGUAAAUUCAAAUAACAGGAGUAUUUUCUGUAAAACCAUGAAGAGAUUCAUUUUGAUGUGUAAAGCUGCAGAAACCGAGAGAGAAACACACAUUGUCUGAUUUAGGUCUGAUCAGCGUCUGCAUCUGAUUUUGUGUUCAUUUGAAUUUAUUUUUCCUUCACAAUGUGACAAAGUUUAAAACUCUAUUUCAGCCUCUUACAUUCAAAGAAAUAACACAGAAAUUACAGCAGACUGACAUAUGAUGACAACCUUGUGUGUGUGUGUGUGUGUGUGUGUGUGUGUGUGUGUGUGUGUGUGUAAUUUUUUUUUUUUUUAGAGGAUAGCCAUAAUAAACCUCUUCAACUCUGCAGCUCUGAGGCGGAAAAUAUAGAGCAGUUCUUACUGUUAUGGAGCCCCACCCCAGACGCUUCCCCAAGAAAACCUGGACCUAAAACUUGGCUGAAGCCAGAACCUGGACUCGAACACAUGAACCUCUGCUGAACAAAGAACAUCACUGAGCUGGGACUGUAAGCUUUAAACAGCAUGAAAGAAAUAAUUAUUAAAAAACAUUUAAAUAAAUAAUUAUUAUUGUGAUGAAGAGCGCUGUGUGGAUCUCUAUUACUGAUGUUGUUCCAUAGAAGAAACUCCAAGAAGAAAGUGUCCUUAUAGUGAUCCAAAACCCCUAAAAGAACCCCUUGAAAACCUUGCGUAUAUUAACCGGGUAAGUGUGGUAAUCCAGACUACCCGCUCUCCUCCCUCCCUCUCAGCAGAAAGCUAUCGUUGAUGGUGAACUAGAAGAUGAAAUGUGAGCUCCUGCUUUUCCACAGAAGAGGGUGGAGACCAGAAAACCACUGAAUCUUAAACAGGAAUUCCUGAACUGAGAGAGAGAGAGAGAGAGAGAGAGAGAGAGAGAGUGAGUGAGAGAGAGUGUGUGUGUGUGUGUGUGAGAGAGAGAGAGAGGUGUAAAUGAAUACAUUAAUCCAGGAGUCUUCAAAGUUUUUUAUCAACAUUUUUCAUAAACAUUAUCAAACACAGCCACUGAUUUUUAUAGAAACCUAUAAUAUUACACUAGUUAUAUCAUCUUAAAACAAUUAGAACUAUGAUGUUGUUUAUGCAUCAUUGUCUGUAUAUUUUCAAAAAGUUGAAAGUUUAUACUUUCAAAAAGAUUUGUGCAUCAUAACGAACAUAUUUUGCAACUAAUAUGUAUUAAGCUGUUUACAGUUUGUCUUUUAAUUUAAUAGAUUUGCAGUUUCAUACAUUUUCUUUUUACUAUCAGGUGGACAAUUAUACAUUUGCAUUAACUUCAGCUUUAAAUUUAAUAAAACUUUAUUGUAAUAAUUAUAAUAUUAAAUUUUUUUUUAUCUUUGAUGUUUUCACCCAUUUUUUUUUUACAAAAAUGUAUUUAUGAUUCAACAUUAAUUAGCUGAACCCUGGUUGAAGACCAAUGCAUUUAUGUGUGUGUGUGUGUGUGUGUGUGUGUGUGUAUGAUAUCUCAGAAGCGUUCAUUAGUUUUUCAUGAUUCCCUGCUUUUUUCUGAUUCUCUGCUGAAUGAUCUGCUGUUUAAACGCAAUGCUUUAUUAAUAAUAAUAAUAAUAAUAAUAAUAAUAAUAAUAAUAACAACAAUAACAAUAAUGUUAAUUUGUCGAAUAUUGUUUACAAAAGACAAACACUUUGUCAAAAAGAUAACCAAAUAUAUUUUUGUUAAUUAAAAGGUGAAAAUGAACUAAAUGUUUAAUGUAAAUGUUUUUAAAUGAUGUCCUGUGACGUUUAAUUAAUCAGCUGUAUUCAUUAAUUAAUUAAGAGUAAAACUGUUUUUUUCUAUAGCAGUAGUUCUUAAAAUGUAGUUCGGCCCUCUAGUGGGGAAUAAAAACAUGACAGAUGGGGAACAAUGAACGGCAGGAAUUACAUUUUUUUUGCGUUCUUCAUUAAUAUUCAUUUAUGAUUUUCUCUAUUAAAAAUGAAGUUUAUACACUCAAAGCAACUACAAACAAUAAGAUCGUUAAUGCAAGUAAAUUAAAACAAACUUUGUUAGGUUACAUUACAUAUUUCUUAUUUUCUCUAUUUUUGAACUUGGUGCUAUUUGAUGUUAUUAAUUUUGGAACUUGAUGGAUCAAACAAUUAGACGUUUAAACUAUUUCAUUACCUAAUUAGUGAAAAAACUCACCCCUUCUAAAGUGGGGAAUGGCAAAAAAAAGGUUUGAGAACCACUGAUACAGUAUAUGGAGAUGUUCUAGGGACGUUCUGCCCUCUAGUGGCUGCGAUUAGUCAUUACAUAGUAUUUAUGGCAUCUGGCAGACGCGCUUAUCCAGGGCUACUUAUGAUUACAUAUACACAUAUGAGCAGUUGAGGGUCAAGGGUCUUGCUCAGGAGCUAAGCAGUGGCAGUUUGGUCGCGCUAGGAAUAAAAACUGGGAAACUAUCAGAGGUCGAACAUCUUCACCACAGAGUUACCACUUUCUGAAAAUGGCAUCAACAUAAACAAGAGCAAAGCACAUAGCAUUUUCAAGCAACACAUAACGCAUAAUUUUUUACAACAACUCAGUCCUAUUAAACUAAUCACAUCUGCAUGUGUGCUCAAGAAUUCACAUUAAUACCAGGAUUAGAUGAUCUCGGAUGUACAAAAACAGGCCCUAAACUAAUGGGAAGGCAACACGAAAUAAUAAAAAUUGUUAUUUGUGUGUGGUUAUUUGGUCAGCAAAGUGGUAUUUAUUUAGUCUACUUUAAUCUAAAGAAUCCUGUGUAGGAAAGUUAUAGUACUUUUAGCACAUGGCGAGUGUUAAACACACCCUGCUGUGAUGCAAGUGUGAUAAAGUUCAUUUCUGGGUCUCAUUACAGCAUUAACACAAGUCAGGACAUGACAUUCUGCAAAUUAAUUACGUAACUAAGAUGACUGCUUCUCUAUUAGGUUGGGUUUUGGAUGCAGGUUUUAGCCCCUGGUACAUUGAGGGAAUCAGGUCUGUCCUGAUCCACUGCCUGGUCCAAAAAAUAAAAAUGUCUCCCCUUUAAAAAAACAAAAAGCAAACAGAAACAAACAAAAAAAACAAAAUUAAUAUCAAUUUAUUGACAUUUUCAAGUUCUGGCUUCUGAGUUUCAUAACAAUAAACAAACAAAUGCCCUUUGAGGUAAACUGCUGUAGCAGAUGGUCCUGCUCUUAAUAUAGAGCACGGUAUUACACUCAGAGCACCGAGUUUAUGUUUGUGUGUAAGAUCCCUCCUGACGAGUCUUCGGUUUUUAGGAUAAAUACUGGACUCUUGCUCCUUUCAUUGUACACCAACACAAAGCACUCAUGCACUCAUUACUGGAUAAAAAUGACUACAUAUCUUUAAAGCUCCAAAUAGUUUUAGUGAAUAAACCAUAGAGAGCAUUGGGGAGAAAUGAGCUCAAUCAGGCGCACCCUCUUCAGGAAGAUUUUCACCGCAUUGUGUUUACAUUUCAUAAUAAAUCAUUAUGUCCCUACAUGGUGAGAAAUCCUCUUAACAAGGGGACAGAGUUGGUCUUUAUGUAACUACAGUGUUACAGCUCAUAAUUGGACUGUUUUUCUGUCUUAUCUGAAUCAAAUGAUGUGGAAUCAGAUGAGCCAAACGGUACAUAAUUUAUUUUUUAAAAUUACAAAUACUACUUCAAUACUGUGAAUUAAAAAUAUGACCAAAAAAAAGCGAUUUUGUAUCGAUAUGUAAAGUUCUCAGUGAUGGCAGCCCAUAUACUGGUCCCUCGAAUGAGCAUGUUGUGCCCGGCUGUCAUUUUGCAGGCUAGAAAGACUUUAAUCUUUCUUUAAACCCAAACUCAGAAUUGUUCCAUUAUUAACAUAGCUCAGGAAUUAGAUCAGGAAUUAGAAGUUUCUUCUCUUGAAUUUCCUGGUUAAUGUUUCGCACCGUGCUCUGGAUGAGACUAUGUUACUUUAUCAUUCUUCAGCUGCAGCACCGUGUUUAGUGUUUUUACCUUCACACUCAAAUCUGAUCUGCUCAACUGCAGCCUGAUUACUGAAGAAAAGGAAAGUGAUCUCUUAGAGGAGAGGAUGAGGGUGGAGAGGCUCUCUCCCACUCUCUCUCUCUCUCUCUCUCUCACACACACACACAGUUUUUGAGUUUUGUCCCUCUUGCUUUAACUGAAGCCUCGGAAGAAAAGGAUGUCAGGGUCCUAGGGGAAAGGGAGAGGAGAGAGAGAGAGAGAGAGAGAGAGAGAGAGAGAGAGAGAGAGAGAGAGAGAAAGAGACCACACGAGAUGAGAACAGGUUUGGAGAGAGCUUUUUACUUACUUGGGGUUUCCCGGGUUGGUGGGAAUUACACGUGUUUUGGCCCUAUAAUGUGUGUGUGAAACCCACACCAUGCUGUUACAGCACACUGCACACUAACACAUUGUUAAUACACUUGUAAAUAGAGGAAAUGCAGUGGAUCAGCUGAGCCGUGAUCAGCACGUGUUUCUCUGAUGUCUGCAUCUUCAGUUCAGCCCAGGAGCUCUGAUUCUACAUAAUGAACUCCUUAAGCUUAGUAGUUACUAUAGUUUGACACUCUGUCAUUUAUCUUCAAACAGCUCGUGGUGAUCGGAGUGUUACUGGACCUGUGGAUCUCCUCGGUGUGUGACAAAAAUAUCAUAUCAUGAUACGCAUCACAAUAUGAAUCAUAUCGCAAAACCCGACAACAAUAAAGAUGACGCUCGAAAGAAAGUGACACCACGUCAUCAGUACAGCAUCUGAUCGCCACUGUUUAUUCUGUAAUGAUUCAAAUGAAUAAAUGAAUAAAUAAAUGCAUCACCAUAACGACGAUCCCAGAGAAACGUGUGUGGCCUAAUCGUGUAUCAUGAUAUCGAUAUUACAGGAUCAGUCAGAGCAGAACUUUUCCCCCCACAAACAAAACGUUUAUUCAUGUCUCAGUGAAAACUUUACCAAGAUAACAACAAGAACCCAAAAAGGUAAAAGGAAAGCGUUUGGUUCCCAAUGCGGCAGAGAGGACGAGAGUUCGGGUCAUUAUUCAGUUCAUAACAACACAAAAAACACGAGGGAGAAAAAAAGAAUACAGACACCACACACCUCCUUCUCUUUAAAUAUGAAAAAUAAAAUUUGUAGCUUAUGAGUGAGGUUAAACUUGACCUAC